UUGACGGCAGAUUCGAGUCGGAAUGUAAACAGUGAAGCACACCAUCAAAAUGUCCAGCAGCAAGAUGCUUUGUCGCUAAUCGGUGAAAACACGACUUCCAUUAACACAGACAAAAGCCAGACGUGGUCAUAAGUAGAUGAACAGCAGCCAUGAAACUGUACCACGCGCUCUGCAAUGUCGGCAAGUUCAGGACUGUUUUUGACUUUGGUGGACGGGAUGUGGCUCACUGGUUCCCCGGACACAUGGCUAAAGGACUCAAGCAGAUGAGAGCCAGCCUCAAGAGUGUCGACUGCAUCAUAGAAAUCCAUGAUGCCAGAAUCCCCUUCUCUGGAAGAAACCCUGCGUUUCAGGAGACGCUCGAUGUCAGACCCCACCUGCUAAUUCUAAACAAGAUGGACCUUGCCGAUCUGUCCAACCAGCAGAGAAUCCUGAAGAAGCUCGAAAAAAAGGGGGUGACGAAUGUUCUCUUCACAGACUGUUUGAAACAGAGAGAUGACAACAUCAAAAAGUUGGUGCCGAUGGUGGUGGAAAUCAUUGAGAGCAAACCACGCUUUAACAGAGAUGAGAAUACAAAUUAUUGCCUGAUGGUGAUUGGAGUGCCCAAUGUAGGGAAGUCAUCUCUUAUUAACUCCCUGAGAAGAACAAACCUGAAAAAAGGUCGUGCAUCUCGAGUAGGUGGGGAGCCAGGUAUAACUAAAGCGGUCCUGACUAGAAUUCAGGUGUGUCAACGACCUGUAAUGCACCUGUUGGACACACCGGGAGUCUUGCCUCCUAAGAUUGAGAGUGUUGAAACGGGCAUGAAGCUGGCUUUAUGUGGAACUAUUCUGGACCAUUUAGUGGGUGAAGACAUUAUCGCUGACUACUUACUCUAUUCUUUGAACAGGCUUGGGAUGUUCAGGUAUGAUUUACUGAACUUUCAUAUGGUCAGUGUGUAAAAUUACACAUAUGAUAAUAUUGUGUAAAUAAUGUAGUGCUUCUGAAAUUAUUUUAUACAUAUACAAUUAGGGUUACAGACUCUCCACCUCCCUUCCUUUCUUAUUUUAAGUGUCAUUUAUUUGCCAAAAAAGAGACAAACUGCGCAAUAAACAAAGAUUAAUUUGAUUGAUAGCAAUAUUCAAUCUUAUUUUAAUUUCUAUAGAUGUCACGAUGAUAGUUGUGUAGAGAAAAUCUGAUAUUGUGACAGCCCUACU